AUGGCAGGUGGAGCCAAGAAGCCAGUCAACAUCUUCCGUCUGAAAGACCUGGGCGAGCCCAAAGAGGUCUUCAAUUGGCGACUAUGGUUUGCAGUCAUCUCCUUCGGCCUCAUGGGCGCUGCCCGUGGUGUCGAUGAGGGUCUCAUCUCAGGCGCAUUCAAUUCCAAGGACUUCCAGAAAUACAUCAACUACGAAUCAUACAGCGAUGUGGAACAAACCAACAUCAAGGGAAAUGUCACUGCCAUGGUCCAGAUUGGAUCGGUUGGAGGUGCUCUUUUGUAA